AUGUCUAUUGUGGUGACAUUUACGUCAGAUAACGAGUGCCAGUCGCCGGCCCAGUAUCCAUCGUCACUACCUGGUGGUAGUGAGCAGCAGCAGCCAGAACAGCAACGACCAACCUCACCAAGAGUACAUCCAUAUUUGCUUAGAGGUAUCUUAGCUAAGUUAGGUUAUUACUCACAACUGGAGACGUCAGAUAACGAUCAACUAGUACCGCCAGUAACAGAGUACCAGUCACAGGACCAGUACUUCGCUCCUCAACGCUAUAGUGAUUGUGACCUGCAGCCGACAGAACAGCUUCAGCAACAACCGACUUCACCACCGGUACAGCCAGAUUUACUUGAAGUCGAAGCUGACUUAGGUCUUUCCUCACAAGUGGAGACGUCAGAUAACGAUCAACUGGCACCGCCAGUAACAGAGUCCCCGUCACAGGACCAGUACUUCGCUCCUCAACAAUACUUGCUUCCAUCGUCACUACCUGGUGGUAGUGAGCAGCAGCAGCCAGAACAGCAACAACUUAGAGGUAUCUUAGCAUACUUAGGUUAUUACUCAUCAGAGCCGGAGCCGUCACUGGCCAAUCAACUCGCACAGCCAGUAACAGAGUACCAGUCGCCGGCCCAGUACUUUGCUCCUCAACAAUGCUUGCUUCCAUCUUCACUACCUGGUGGUAGUGAGCAGCAGCAGACAGAACAGCUUCAGCAACAACAGCAGCAGCAGCCAGAUUUACUUGAAGUCUCAGCUGACUUAGGUUAUUACUCAUCAGAGCUGGAGCCGUCACCAUUGUACCACCAGAGUCAGUCGUACUUCUACCACCAUCAGAAUCGCUACAGCUAGAGUUCGAGCAAGACUAUCAAGAUAUUUUUUUCAGCAGAGAGCCAGUCAGUACUAGAGCGGGCACCCAACGCUCUGUAGUCACUACUGGCGACGGCAGAAACAGAGUGCCCGCCGCCGUACCAGUACAUCCCGCCACAGCAGUACUUGCUCCCACCGCCGUCAGUACCAGUCCAGCAGCCAGAGCCUUACUUUUCUCUCCUGGAGAAAAUCUACGGAGCCGUACAUCAACUUGGCUGAACUAUGCGGAGCUCCAUCGGAUCUACGUGCUUCAUAGAUGACUCUGGCUAGUUUAUGACGGCUGGCUGGGGCAAAUUGCUGCUUGCUUACCUUCACUGGCCAUACAGAUUUGUC